AUGAGCCCCCCUAAUUUAGAAGCAGCUACUCGAGUGUCUGCAAGCCCUGCUUUCGGCCAUGUACACAUGACUUGGCUUACUGCUGGGUCAGACCGGUCCGCCGGGCUUUGGGCGGAGAAAGACCUCAAUGAUGAGGCAUUCGCGUUCCUGAGUACUAGCCGCGCGCAUAGCGCUGUUCUCGCAUUGGCUGUGAAAAUUUCAGGGAAAGGCGCCGGUCGGUCCACUGCACAUUUCGACCGGCGCCCUUCCGGUCUCAGCGGGAUUCCAGAAUUCCGCGCCCUUAUCAGAAACUCCCUUUUCGCGUACGUUACCCAAGCGGCUAGCUUACCGGGCGGGUCCACGACUCCACAGUCGAGAAUUCUGAAGGCCCACGACGCCAGCCAUUCUUAUGAAUACAACGAUGGAGUCGAGAGUAAUCAAAGCUAUAGCCAUCACCAUUCGGUGAACCUUGAAAACAACGCCCCUUCCCAACAUAGUCAACACUCUCCUCAAACUCGCUCACCUAGUCUGUCUAUACCUAGAAAUGUCAACAGCCAUCAAUCAGUGAUUCAAUCCCCAAAUCCCGCGGAAAGUGGUGACCACCCCCCUCAUUACCCCUUCCACUCAACCGUACCUGUAUCGCACUCUCCGUACUCACAUCAUGUCCACAAUCAAUCCACGCAAUACUACCAUCGCCAGGACAAUGCCGACUAUAUCACUAGUCCCAAUGCCCAACCGAUGCCUCUAAGCUCUGGGCUACCUUACAUUUCAAAAAUGUCGCAGAUGCCACCUACGUCCCGCAGGCACAAUCUUCCCGUGUCUUCCCAUGAGCUAUUGCCCAUCGCCAGUCGCUCUCGGCUCGAGUCUCCGGGUCUUUCUACCAGAUACGGACAAAUGACACUAAUCAAGAGUGACUCUCCCGACGCCCUUGACAUAUCGCGCCCGCCGAAGCCGGAGCCAAGUGCAACACCCCAGUGUACUGCUUUCAUAAGCAAACUCUACCAUCUUUGCGGCCAUGAAGAAUACAGACCAUACAUUCGUUGGAAUGGUCCGGGGGACGCCUUUGUUCUGGCACAUGCGAACACCGAAUUUGCGACGAUGAUCUUGCCUAAAUUCUUUCGGCACAGUAAUGUCUCUUCUUUCAUUCGGCAGCUAAACCUCUACAACUUCACGCGUUUAAAUACGAUCAAACUACUCGAUCAAGUUGAUAAUGUCCAAACAAACUCUUCCACCUCCUCAUUUUCAGGAUUUUCGCACCCCCAUUUCCGCCGAGGAGACGAAAACUCAUUGUCAUUGAUCAAACCAAAACCAAACAAGAAUAAAGUGGCAAGAAAGGCGAUCAAAUGCGCCACGAGUACCGAAGAUAAGGGAGGAAAAUGCGUACUCACCCAAAUGUACAAACACGUCCUGAGAUUUAUCUGUAAUAUUUGGAAAGAAGCAAAAGUGUUCUUGUGGUUUGUUGCUAGAUGUUCAGAAUGUCUGCUCAAUCCAGUCUCAAAGUCACUCACAUCCGUUUGA